AUGGUUGCUUCUAAGAAGUCGAAGAAGUCCUCGGACAACAUCAACUCGCGUUUGCAGUUGGUGAUGCGAUCCGGUAAAGUCGCUUUGGGGUACAAGCAGACACUCAAGAACCUCCGCAGUGGCAAGGCCAAGCUGGUGAUUAUGGCUUCUAACACGCCUCCUCUUCGCAAGUCGGAGGUCGAGUACUACUCGAUGCUUGCCAAGACGGGUGUACACCACUUUUCAGGCACCAACAACGAUCUUGGUACGGCUUGUGGCAAGUACUUUCGUGUGUCGUGCAUGUGCAUCCUUGAUGCCGGUGACUCGGACAUUCUGCGCUCCAUGCCGUCGGAGAACUAG